AUGGAACAUUCCCCUUCUAUGAACUCUUCAGUGGUAGAUGGUAAUGAGAUGGAGGACCAGCGACCCCUCCUCCGAACAGGAAUGACUCUCCUGCCUCAGUCCUGUCCACCACAAUGUGGGAUACAUCGCAUGGUACAAACCUCAGUCGAUCACACUGUGUGGCUGGACAGGACCCAGGCCAUGGCUACCACACCUUUAUACAAUGGCCACCUCUAUGUCACAUCUUCUCCUCGUGUCAACAGGAAAGACAAAACCAAAGGAAAAGAGAAGAAAUGUGAGAAAAGUUCAGAUAAAAGGGAAAAAAAACUAAACCAAGGACAGAAGGAGCGUAAUCAUCAGUGCAAAGCCAACAAUGCAGGACCUCACAGACUCCAUGAGAAGAUCACAUCUUUCACAGAUAUGCCCAUUUCUCUCUGUGAAUCACCCUUUAAGAGGCCCAUCAGGUCAUGCCUACAUGUCAGGGAUGUUGAUAGUCUCGGGCGCCGUAAGUCAAGUAAUAUUUCUCUAGAAAUGCAUGAACAGCAGAUUCUCCCAGAGAUAAUCAUCACCAGCAAGGAUGAAAACCUCCAGCAGCAGCAAAAGGAAUCUCCCUGUCAUCAGCACCCUGGUGUGACCAUAGGACCGCUGCCAGGAGCCCAGUAUCCCAGCUCGAGCCCUACCCACAGUCCUCAACACAGCCCAAAACGCAAAGAGGAUGCAAAGAAUGACCCAUACUGGAGGAGCCGCAACAUCGGCUGGCGGUUGGUCCAUAGGAGGGCUCUGUUUCUGAGGAGGCAGCAGCUGAACGACUGUGCCCUGGCAGUGGGGUUAUUUGGAGUAGUGAUGAUGGUGAUGGAGACAGAACUCUCCUGGAGUGUCUACAGCAAGAGCUCCAUCUACUCCCUUUCACUCAAGUCAGUCAUCAGUGUAUCUACACUUAUCCUGCUCUGCCUCAUCGUAGCAUACCACUGUUGCGAGGUGCAGCUCUACGUUCAUGACAUUGGUGCCGAGGAUUGGCGGAUUGCCAUGACAACAGACCGUUUGGCUCUGAUAGCUGUGGAGCUGGCAGUAACUGCCAUUCAUCCCUAUCCAGUGGGGCUAUUGGUGUAUUUCCAGAAGACCCGCAUGUCGCUGUCAGAGACAGAGCUGGAGAUCAUGCUGGCUUUGCCUAUGUUCCUGAGGCUGUACCUGCUGGGUCGCUCCAUGAUGCUGCACAGCCGCCUCUUCACAGACACUGCCUCCCGCAGCAUCGGAGCACUGAACAAGAUCCACUUCAACACCCGGUUUGUGGGGAAAACACUAAUGACGACAUACCCUGGGACUGUGCUGAUGAUUUUCAGCGUUUCUCUUUGGAUUGUGGCAGCUUGGGGCUUACAUGUCUGUGAGAGACACCACAACUACAGAGACUUAAGCAGCAACUACAUGGAGGCUUUGUGGAUGGUCUCUGUCACCUUCUUGUCUAUUGGUUAUGGAGACGUGGUCCCUCACACUUACUGUGGUCGUAGCAUCUGCCUCCUCACUGGAAUCAUGGGAGCAGGCUGCACAGUGCUGGUGGUGGCAGUGGUUGCCAGAAAGCUGGAGCUGACCAGAGCUGAGAAACACGUCCACAAUUUCAUGAUGGACUCCCACAUCUCCAAGACGAUAAAAAUUGCUGCAGCAAAUGUGCUGAGAGAGACUUGGCUUAUCUACAAGCACACUAAGCUGUCAAGAGAAAGAGACCACACCAGAGUCCGCAUGCACCAGCGGAAGCUGCUCCUGGCCAUCCACCAGCUGCGGAGAGUGAAAAUGGAAAAGAAGAUACUUGCAGAUCAGACCAACACACUCGUGGACUUCUGCAAGGUGAGCGAGAUGCAGAGCCUGAUGUAUGACGUCCUGGCAGAGGUGCAGGGUUGCAGAGGAGAGCUGGACACGCACAUCCACAGCCUGGAGAAACACGUAGAGGAGCUGAGGGAGGGCUUCAGGAGCCUGAUGCCACUCCUCUCCAGCACUCUGUCAACACAGAACUCCUCCAUCCGCCACUUGCUCCGGGAGAGGGAGGUGAAGGAGUGUGCAAGCAUGAGUGGAACAGACCAGUAGAGAGGAUGUAGGUGACGGAGAAGGCAAACAUAUA